ACAGCUGCAAGGGGAGGACAGUUUGCACUGCAGCAUCAGACUGGCAUCUCUUGUUCUACGUUUGGGAUUUUUUUUUGCCUCUUGAGGUUGCACACAUGCACAUAUUUCACACUCAGCAGCAGCAGCAGCAGCAGCAGCAGCAGCAGUGCCUGUCUGCAUUUCGCAUACACCGAUGGAUUACUGCUAGUUUAAGGACAGGCUCCCUGCCCACUGAGGAGGAAAGAUGCUGAUUUAAGGGGAACAGGAGACACGCUUUGUUUUUGGAGACAGGACCAGCAACUUCAGGAUUAAAAAAGAGACUCGGACGACAGGAUGAUGGCUGCGUUGAGCUGAAACCGCCCCCUCCUCCUUCCUCCCCCCUCCAGUCCAAACAUGAACUCUUCCUCCGAUGUGAACCAAAGCGGUUCUCCCCCAUUCUGCCUGCUGGGUGCCGUUGGUUACUCCCACAGCCUGGAUACCUGCGUGCUGGAGGUGGUCGUCAUCCUCUUCCUUACUGUGCUCAUCAUCGCCGGCAACCUGGUGGUAAUCUUUGUCUUCCACUGUGCCCCACUGCUACACCACCACACCACCAGCCACUUCAUCCAGACUAUGGCCUAUGCUGACCUGCUGGUUGGCGUCAGCUGCCUUGUGCCCUCGCUGUCCCUCCUCCACUAUCUCCGUGGCCUGAAUGAGGAGCUCACCUGCAAGGCUUUUGGCUAUAUGGUGUCUGUGCUGAAGAGCGUCUCCAUGGCCUCACUGGCGUGCAUCAGCGUGGAUCGCUACAUCGCCAUCACCCGCCCGCUGUCGUACGCCACACUGGUAACGCCAUGCCGGCUGAGAGUGUGCAUCGUCCUCAUCUGGGUUUACUCUGCUUUGAUCUUCCUGCCAUCCUUCUUCGGCUGGGGGAAGCCAGGUUACCACGGGGACAUAUUUCAGUGGUGCGCAGACUCCUGGAAGACCAACCCAGGGUUCAGCACCUUCAUCGUUGGGCUGCUCUAUGCACCAGCAGCGCUCACUGUCUGCUUUACAUACGGGAGUAUAUUCAGGAUCUGCAGGCAGCACACGAGGGAGAUCACCCAGCGGCACGCCCGCUUCAGCUCUCAGACAGAAGGUGAUAAGGGCGAGCGGGGAGAGCGUUGCGAGGGCUGCCCAGACAAACGCUACGCCAUGGUGCUGUUCCGCAUCACCAGCGUGUUCUACGUGCUGUGGAUGCCAUAUAUCCUCUACUUCCUCCUGGAGAGCGCUGGGCUGUAUCACCACAAGGUGGCGUCCUUCCUCACCACAUGGUUGGCAAUUAGCAACAGCUUCUGCAACUGUCUCAUCUACAGCCUCUCCAACAGCGUCUUCCGGAAAGGUCUCGGUCGCCUCUUUAGCUCGUGGUUUCCUUCCUGCCUGGGCUGCACGGACGGCAAAAAGGCUCCAGCUCCAGUCAGCCCGCGACCAGACCCUCCAUGCCAAGUGUGAGCCCCAACAACGAUGGAUUCGACCCGGUCACUUUGGCGGCACUGGCCCUCUGUGUGUGCUUUGCUCUCAGCUGUGGAGCAUGAUACAGGUCUUUUUGGUCUCACAGUGAAAUAUGUCGAGGACCCCCUGCAUGGAGCAUGAAGAGGUGCUCGUGCAGAUGCCUGUUGGUCAUCUCAAAGGCUGAUUCUGUGGAAAAGAAGGCUGUGAAAUUCCCUCUGGGUCUUUCUCGAAUCCUCUUCAGUAUGAUGCUGCUCUUUCAAGAAUGAGAAGCUGGUGACACGGAGUGAUAUCAAUGAAGAAAGUGGACUGUAGGAAUAAGAUUCAUGUGUGUCAGUUCAGAGGUCUUAAUUAAGACUCCUGUCUGCUCUGAUCCCAGAUGCAAAAAAGAGAAGCAACAACGCAGCACAACACGACUUGUGUUGUGCCAUCAACUGAAAUGCAAAUAAUAUUUUAAAUCUUUCCAAGCCUGACUAAAGAAUCUGCAAAUUGUCUUGGUCCAUUCAGGGUAGAAUUAGGUAAUGCAAAAAAUGUUGACAACACUUGAAACAGACUACUGAUCUGUUUCCCUAGGGGAACUUGAUGAGUCAAUGAGUGUGUGAAAAAUAAUUUCCACAGAAGUCAUCUAUUAAUGAGCCUGUGUGUGUGUGUGUGUGUGUGUGUGCGUGUGUGAGUGAAAAAUGUGACUUGGAUGUGCUCAUUUCCCAGAGAAAAGAAUGAGGUUUAUUUAGGAGCUCCUUUCCUCUGAAGUCAGGUGUUCGUGGGAAGCUCCAAGUAUGUUUACACAGUCUCUGGUUUCACACGAAAAUGUUCUUUUAAGAAUUAGCUUUACUUAAGACGGCCGCUGACCCAGGAGGUUUUCCUGCCCGCGGGCUGUGGCGUAUCACCGUCAAAGAGACUAUAAAUUGUAUUUAUUUGGAGAGUUUUAUUCUCUGUUUGUGUUUCCUCCUCAGGUUGAUCAGCAGUCCUCUGUUAAGCCUUUGAGCUCAGCUGAAACAAUACAUGACUCUUGCAUCACAAGCCACGUACCGUCGUAAGAUAAUCACCUCCUGACUUGUUGUACAGUUGUUGUCAGUGUUGAUGAUGAAUCUGCUGUCUGCCAGGAUCCAUGCGGCCUUCAUGCAAAGACUAAAUUCAUUGCAACCCGUAACUUUAAUGCUUGUGUCUCUCUCUUUAGCCCCCCCGCGGCUGAUAGCUGUUCAGAUCCGUGUUAACGCUGUGCAUCACAGGCCUGACCUCAGACACUUUUCUGAGAGCCAAUAACAGCUGUGGGUUUUUUUGCUACAUGUAAAUACACUUCAGAGUUUAAAUAUUAAAACAGCGGGUCCUUUGGGAGGAUUUUUGGCUGUC